AUGAAAAAGGGAGGAGGAGGAGGUUUGGAGGUGUUGCCCCCUCUGCAGCACCCCCCUAAAAGUGGUCACGUGGAAAGGAGCAUGAUGUGGGCGGAGGCAGAUGAAACAGAGAGGGUGGCUGUCAAGACACCCUACAGAUUCAACCUGAAAACAGCCGGAUCGCAAUCAACGGACAGCAAACAGCGUCCAGAAAGUGUGUUCGCUGGACUGGGAGGCAAUGUAGAUAAUAGUCAAUCUGUAGGUGACACAAUGGAAAAGAGCAAGAAGUCCAGGACUGUAGUAACUGCACACGCUAGAAUGCAGCAACUGGCACAUCCACCACCUAACGUGUAUCUGGCUGAUGAUCGGCCCGAGUACACUUUUGGAGACCAGACAAGCAGGACAAAAGUCGAGUUUCUUCUCUCCGAUUUUUCGACAGCGGCCGAGCGACAGAGUGGCUUCGGUUUCUACCGGGACAAGACAGCCACAGGAGGAGGAGGGGAGUUUGACUUCGAGCGGGACUUCUCUGAGAUGGUGCGCAUGACUCAGAGGUCGAUGAGGAAACUGCCCCCGAUUGAAGUGUCGGGAGAGGGGGGCAAGGACGGAAACACUUUCAUAAAUCCAGAGUUCCUGCUGAAGAGUAAGAUCACGUGGGGAGAUAGCAGUCACACAAAGUGUGUGGAGUCAUUUGAGAGGCCCUGGUGGCUGAAGAGAAAAGGACUCUGGAUACCCGACAAGGUCAGCAAUAACAGAGGAAAACCCCUACUUCUCAAUUUGCAGCGGCGCCAGUUUGGACGAAAAAUAUGUCCCAACCACGGAAAUCCGAGAAUCGACUUAUCAACUUCUUCCUGUGAUAGAUUUAUUAGACACAUGCUAGGUGAGAGGGAACAUGUAGCACCGGUGGAGAAAAAGAAGAAGGCCGUGCAGCCAUUCAAAUUUUGGACUGCCCCUCCUAAACCAAUCACAAAAGCGGUCAACUUUUACCGACGCUCGGCUGAAUUUGUCGAGUUCCCGCCUCUUUUCGAAGAAACAGGAGAAGGGCACACUUGCACGGCUGCUGCUAGAACACCUGUUUUCCAAUCAGCCGAGGACCGUCUCGCUUUCAUAUACUCGGCAACACCCGGACAAGAACGGAAACUAAGCGCAGAGAUUUUAACAGACGACCAGCGAAAUCAAAUAACCGAGUUAAGUCGUGCUGCGACUGAACAAAAAUUGUAUACAACACCUAAUGUAAAAGCAAUGGAAAAUUCUUUUGACCAAGAUUACGUAAUAACCGACUACACAAUUGAUGGCCAGCCGAACAAUAUUCUAACUCUGGAUCCGACAUUUCAACUAGCGAGAAGCCGAAUGACACGAGAACCGAAGGUUUCACAGGACGACUCGGGAAUUUCCGAAGAAACAGCCACGGCUACCUUAAAAGUGCCACCUCAUCUGUUCCGAGGAUCGACGCUUCAAUUUUUGACGCCAAAUGAGGAACUAUCGAUCUCGAGGAACCACAACGUCCGUAGCUUGAAUCAGAUUGUAACUGAAAGCACAGAUGUUUUUGUAAUCAAACAAGCUUUAACUCGAUCAACUACUCGAGCUGAAACAUUGAAUAAUGCCAACAUAACCAAGAAGUUUCAAUCUGGAACUUUAAACUUGGACAAGAUUGCACCUGAAAGCAGGAGAAUUUUGGAGAAAGAGCUGGAAAAACAUAAAUCAACACCUGAAGAUUUGAUGCCUCAUAUUUCGAGUUAUCUUACAGAAGAGGAGAUACUUUUCCUGAUUGAUCAGAGAUAUAGCAGGAGCAGUCAAGAAGAUAUUGAUUCGGUCGAGCACGACGAGGGUUUUGGCGAACUUGCCAAGAACAAAAACAUCAAAGUCGAGAAGCCAGACGGUUCACGUUUACUUUUGAACUCGCAAAAUGAACUUCAAAUGUGUGACGAGCUCACAACCGAUCAGAAUCUAACUUAUAAUCCAAAAAAGAUCCCUGAAUUGUUCAAUUUAGAAAGCGAUAGUCAAAAUUUGCCUAUGUUCGCAAAUACGAAUAUGAGAGAACAUUUGAAUGUACGAAGAAUGUCUACUGAAAAUCGUCCUCUGGAUCGUCCUUUUUCGGAGAACUUUCCAAAGAUGGACAUGCCACUGGCAUCUGAUUUUUUCAAUCAAUGGGAGCGAUCUUCACGCAGUUGUGAACCAAUCAGAUUAAAGCAAAAUAGAGACGACCCUUCGAGCCAAUUUAUGUACAAUAACUUGGUUAAAAAAGGCCCGAGGAAAAACCAAAAAUCCUUGCUGACAAGUUCAACAAAAAAUUUGAGAGAAGUGCUCGUCAUUCCCGAAUGUGAAGAUGGUAGGAUUAGUGGCGAUUCUGCUAUUGGAAGUUCUUCAACGAAUACAGAUACUGUCGGUGACCUCGUGAUGCCACAUGUUUGGAAGUGUCAGCACUGCAAAGAUACUUUCGACACUAAAAAAGAAUACGACGAUCACCAGACACAUUACCACUCCUUCAAAUGCAAAGAAUGCGGGAGUGUUUUUGCAAGUGCAAACGCUUUGGAACGACACAAAGUAUCGAGUCAUUUCGGAACUUUCGAGGACAAGGACGUGAGACCCAGUGAGGAGCAAGUGGGCGUGUCAAUGUACGAAGACAGCCAGUUGGACAUGGACUCGCUCGAUACCCAUGGAUUCGGAAAGGCACACGACUACCUGGCCAAUCUGAUCCUGUUCGGCUGUGGAGUGUGUCAGAAGAAGUUCACCACUCAAGAAGAGAGUUUGACCCAUUUCCACACUCAUGAACUGUUCGGCUGUGACAAGUGUCGUGAGGUGUUCGGGUCUGCGAGUGAGUUGCGUGCACAUAAACUGGACAAGCAUGGCGUGAGUUGUUCACACUGCGCCGACAGAUUCCUGGACGAAAAAGAGUUGAAUGAACAUGUUAAAAGUGCUCAUGGUUUCUGCUGUGACAGUUGUGACAAAUGGUAUUUGAGUCAGAAGGAGCUGGAUGAGCACUUCUUAGAUGCACAUGGCCUCAAGUGUCCCAAGUGCUCCUUCAAGUUCAAGACCCAGGACGAUCUGGACCAGCAUCUAGAAACUGUUCAUGCUGCUAAAGCCUUUAACGGUCUGCAGUUCACUGCAAAGACUGUUCACUUCUCGGAAAAGCUCAGAAAACCAACUAAAAAACUGAGAUCAAAACAGAAGAAAAAUUCUUCUAAAAAUAAACAGAACCCGUCUGAGAUGGGUAGCGAAUCACAGACCAGUGGCGCCGAGGAUCUUUCUGAAGGGAAUGAAAGGGCAAAUGAUGGAGAUAGAGAAAGUAAAAACAAAAAUGGUUUCAAGAAAAAGGGCCGAGCUCCGAAGUUUGUCUGUCCGACUUGCAAGGCCUCUUUCAAGACACGCGAAGAGUUAAUGGAACACAGAGAGAGCGAACAUGCCCCCAAAUUUGGCUGUUCUGAAUGCGAGAAGAAAUUCAUGACUCAAGAAGAGCUAGACGAGCAUCUCAAAUCACAUCCUCUGAUCAAAUGCAAGAGCGAGGAUUGCAGUGAGAAGUUUUUCACUGAUGAAGAAGCUGACAAACAUUUCGAAGACACUCACGCGCCCAAAUUUGCUUGCAACAAAUGCGAGCAGAAAUUUUUCACGAAAGAAGAGCUCAAUACUCACCACGAGAAAGUCCACCAAGCAGCUAGAAUGAGAGCGAGAGCUGAGAGGAAGAAAAGAACGAAGAAGGAGGUUGCAAAACCAGAGAAGAAAGUGGAAAAAGCUGAACCAGAACCCCCACCUAGGGAACCCACGCCAGAGCCCGAGCCAGUGAAGGAACCCACCCCUCCUCCCACUCCCCCUCCAGUGAAGACACUAACACCUCCCCCUCUUCCAGUGAUUGAAGAGCCAGAGGAAGAGGUGGAGUCGGAGGAGUCGGAAGAGGAGGAGUUGCCUGGACUGAGCAAGAGGGUGGAUCCCUCCAAAAUGAGGGAGAGUAGGAAGAAAGCGAUGCUCAUGUACAACAACAUGCACAAGGGAAAGAAGCCGCCGAAGCUGCCGAAACCACUUACGCCGCCUCCUGUUGAAUUCGACGACUUUGACUUCCUGUCGAAGUACUGUAUCUUCAACAAGGAAAAGUACGAACAGUUCAAAACUGUAUUCCAACAAACUGACGUGGACAAAGAUGGGUGGAUGAGUCCGGUGGAGAUUUUGACUGGGCUGAAGGUGUUGGGAGGUCAGUUUGACAUCACUGACAAACAGGCAGAGUACAUAUUCAGGAUUCUGGAGGUGGCAGAUUAUUCGCCCCACUUCGGGGCUGACUUCCAGCUGUUCUGCAUUGUUGCCUCUUUAGCCCAGAAGAUACAAUCAGUCGAUGACUUCAUGAAGAGUCUCAUUCGGAAUGUGGACCUCGAGAUGCUCAGUAGUCGCUGCUUCAAACUCAAGCAAUUUUUCCUGGCCAACGUGGACGACUACUCUAACGCCAUCUCCAUCUCCAGUCUCAUGCUAGAGUUGAAGGCAGGGGGGAUCAGUGGGGAUAACGAGCAGAAAGUGUACGACAAGCUAGCCCACCUUCACUGUCUCAACCUACUAGACUUCAUGACAUACUGUCCCCUCUUUAUACUCAUACACGACACUGUGAUUGAAAACCCAUUCAACAGAGAAGUGCUAGUUAACUAGUAAUGAUAAUUUGGCCUAAGAAGACUUUAUUAAUUGUUGUUUGUCAUUGCAAAUAGAUUAUUUUCAAUCAAAAAAACAUUUCUCAUCAAAAAUAUCAUUGCCAAAAAAACAAGUAGGUGGCACAAAAAGCGCGGACUGCAAUA